GAACAGGAUUCACUCGUGACGGAACUCUCAGUCACGUGUAUGUAUCCAGCACGACUACAGGCACACAUUUCUCUCUCUCUCUCUCUGCGGAUUUCAGCAGAAUAAAUAUUAAGUUGACGCAAAUGCACAAGGAAUUCAAAUGGUUGGCAUUUGGUGUGUAUUAUACUAGUUAAACUGUUUGUUAUCACCAGUUUAUCGUAUGAAGUCCAAGGUGUAUUUAACUCAGAGAGUAGAUAACCUAUAGCUACGUCUCGUGUCGUGCAUUAAUUAGGCCUACACAUUUCCUCUCCCUGUAGAUAGCAGAAAGGCUGGUGCCUCCAUUUUUAACCAACCAGGAGACUGUGACGAUGGCAUCAGGAGGAAAAGAUGAUUUUGAUGGUGAGCCAUCGACAUCUCAGCAAGUUAUUGGAUUGGAUUCAGAAUCUGAUGAAGGAAUAGGUUGCUGUGGAAUGGUACUAACCAUCAUUUCGUGGCUUCUGGUGAUUUGCACGGUGCCUUUCUCAUUGUUUAUCUGCAUAAAGGUGGUUCAGGAGUACGAAAGAGCAGUUAUCUUUAGACUUGGACGUCUCUUGUCUGGUGGUGCUAAAGGUCCAGGUCUCUUCUUCAUCCUACCUUGCAUCGAGGAUUACACAAAGGUAGAUCUUCGUACCGUUUCUUUUGAUAUUCCUCCUCAAGAGAUUCUGACUAGGGAUAGUUUGACCGUCUCUGUGGAUGCCGUGGUCUUCUACCGUGUCAAGAAUGCCACCAUCAGCAUCGCCAACGUAGAAGACGCAGGCAGAUCAACCAGACUUCUAGCUCAAACGACCCUUCGGAAUGUCCUGGGUACCAAGAACCUGGCCGAGAUUCUUGCAGAACGUGAAGGUAUCAGUCACUACAUGCAGUCCACCCUCGACAAUGAUACCGAUCCUUGGGGUAUCCAAGUCGAGCGAGUUGAGAUCAAGGAUGUUCGUUUACCUGUCCAGCUCCAGAGAGCCAUGGCUGCAGAAGCUGAAGCUUCCAGAGAGGCUAGGGCUAAGGUGAUCGCUGCUGAAGGAGAACAGAAUGCUGCUCGUGCUUUGAAGGAAGCUGCAGAUACUAUGGCUGAAUCUCCAUCGGCUCUUCAACUGAGGUACCUUCAGACCCUCAACACCAUCUCAGCCGAGAAGAACUCCACUAUUAUCUUUCCACUACCCAUCGAUCUCCUCAAAGGCAUCAUGACAAAGUAGUUCCUUCUGCAUCGUGUGUUUCCUAACCAACCUUAUGUUAUUUUUCACCACUAAGUGGUUUUUUACUUGAGAAAGAUACCAAUUAAGUAUUGAACCCUGUAUUAAAUGUGUCUUAAAAGGUGCAUGUGUUAAUCUUUCGAACGUAUUUAGUUAUAAUGCAAUAAACAUUGAGAUUUCCACGAGGGGAAAGCCGACCCGGGUCAUUGUUGCAAGAAAGGACAUCAAAUAAACUUUUUUUUGAAUAAUUAUAGGUAUUUAUUAAAAAUAUAAAAACAUGAUCAACAAGAAAGUUACAAAAUGAAUCAAGAGAUUUACGACCAUACAUAGUCAUAAAAACAUUUACAAUUCAUAAAAAGUAUAGACGGAAAAUGAUAUAGAAAAACAACAACAAACCUCCAUUUACGAAAAUGAGCAGAAAGUUUACCUUUCGUUUUAGCGAUUCUGUACUAUUUUUUUUAGAUUUGCAGUGGUGAUUAAAGUAUUUCAACGAUAGAAAAAGUAUAUAUGAUUUUUGUUGUUGUAUUCCAACCUUUACCUACACAAUUUUCUUUGAAUAGCAUUUCCAUAUAGCAAUCGUAAAUCUCUACUUUGUCAUGUUUGUGUGUAUAAUGAUUAGAAUGUCAUCAUGGUGGAGGGGAUAUACACAAUAGUUUAUACAAAGAUUCUGAUUAUUCUACAAUUACCUUGUAAAUCGAUGAUAAACCCUUUUAGCAUGAAUUGAAUGUUUCCGCAUAAAGAUCAUUGAUAAAAAAGAUUAAAUAUUAACUGCAUAAAUUUACCGCUAUUUUGAAUAAUAAGAAAGGUAUAAUAUUUUAAAGUUUGUUAUUGAAGUUGCAACAUUAUUACGAUUUGAGUGUAUGGAUUAUAAAACGCACCUCAAGAAAUUAUACAGUAUAGAUUAAAGGCAUUCCUAACUUGUUAUUUGUAAUUUCUUGACAAACUAUCAAUCCUUCAUAGAAAUAAGUCAUUUGUAAAAUAGCGAAGCUGGUGAAUGUGAAUGUGUUAAUCCAAUUUUUUUAAUUAUACAGUAUUUGAAGUAAUUACUAUGUAAAUAGAUAUUUUCAUAAUCUGUGCUAAAAGCGAUUUGUAAGUAUACCCAAAUGGCUGUAUAUAUAAUACGAAACACCACUUCCCGCUAAAGGAUAAUUAUAUAUACCACAUUGCAUCAUAUAUCCUUAACCUAUAUAGGUGCAUUGUAUUUUGGACAGUAGCGACAUAAUUAGAAAGUAAAGUAACAAUUAUUUAUGUGCCUUAUAUUGCAUUCCCAAUUCUUCAUUCUAUAUUGAGUUUGACUAAGAUUUGCCACCCCCAUCUGUAAUAUUUUAUUUGAGUGAAGCACGGAAGACUUACCUGAAAGAUGUGACAGCUGAGCACAAAGACAGCUCUAAAACGCUAUUGGAUGUUGUAAAGGGCUUGUUGAAUAUGUCAGACAAACAACCAACAAUACCAAGUAAUAUUGAUUAAAAAAAAUUUGUCAACCAAUAUAGGCGAAUUCUUUGUAGACAAAGUUAGGAAAAUUCAUGCUGAUAUAGAGUUGAAACUAAAUGAAAUAGAUGAUGACAAGCUUGUUCUUGAUGUAGUAUCACGUGAAUCACAGAUUGAAAUUUUAUAUUCUUUCAAAUCAUUGACAGAACAUGAUAUUGAAAAAUUGAUUUUGAAGCUUAGUAAGAAGUCUUGUCCAAUAGACCCACUGCCCACAAAGUUGUUAUUGCAUUUGUCUUGAUGUAUUGACACCUGUUAUUACAUCAAUGGUUAACCUGUCUCUGUCAACAGGACAGUUUCCUGCUCAGUGGAAGCUUGCCUUAGUUAAACCACUGCUAAAGAAGCCUGGUCUUAAAACAGAAUUCAGUAAUGUGAGACCUGUUAGUAAUCUUCAGUAAAUCUCUAAACUAGCUGAAGGCGCUGCUACCCAACAAAUUCUUUGGCACCUUGAAUCUCAGUCACUUCUGCCUGUUAAUCAGUCUGCAUAUCGAAAAUCCCAUAGUACUUAAACACGCCUCCUUAGAAUUAAAAAUGAUCUCUUAAUGUCUAUGGACAAUCAAAAGUUCUCAUUGUUCUACUUGAUAUGAGCAGUGCUUAUGACAGGAUAGACCACUAACGCUUAGUUGAAACACUUCAAAAUCAUUUUGCAAUCAAUGGCAAUGCACUCGAAUGGAUAAAAUCCUAUCUUUCAGAGAGAAGGCUGUCAAUAGAAAUGGAUAAUACUGUGUCAGAUCAUGGAGCUAUGUUUUUAAUAGCUCCAUGGUCAGAUGUAUUCAAGGUGCCUUUCGGUGUACCGCAGGGGUCACGUCUCGGUCCCUUGUUGUUUACUAUGUACACAAGUAGACUUCUUACCGGUAUCAAAAGAGAGUUUCCCAGUAUCAAUUCCCACUGCUUUGCAGACGACACACAACUAUAUUUAUCUGUCUCCCCCAAAUGCAUCACGAGAUGAUAAAUCGUUAGAAGAUUGUGUGGCAUAUAUCAGAACCUGGAUGCUCCAAAAUAAGUUAAUGUUGAAUGAUAGAAAAACUGAAUUGUUGGUCAUUGGUAGCCCCACGUCAGGUUUCAAAAUUUGGGGGCUAUAGCUUAAUUGUUGGCGAUUCGGUAAUAACUCCAUAAAAAAAGCCAGAAACCUUGGUGUAUUCUUUGAUACCUACAUAAGCAUGGAAUCACAAAUCAACAAUGUUUGUAGAUAGCCCGGGGGGGGGGGGGGGCACUCAGUAUAUACUGCAUAGUGGGUAUGUGCCGCGGAGGGGACCCCCAUUUUUACACUCAAAUUUCCGUUCCAAGGCAUAGCCUUUUUGUCUUAUUGAGAAAAAGAACAAAGAAAGCCGCUCCAAAGCAUAGCAUUUUCUUCUUAUCGAGAAAAAAGAAGGAAGAAAUCCGCUCCAGAGCUUCGCAUAUUUUUCGUUACGCCGUUCCGGUAGCAUUGAUCUGCUACAAGGAGCUGCAAUUUUGGUGAAAAGCGGCCGCAGAGCGUUGUCCGACCAUCGCCUCUGCGCGAGCGCACCCUGCGGAGGCCGCGCUAGCUGCAUCAUGCACACAUGCCCGUUCCAUAGGGAUGCAUACGCACUCACACGCUGGCGAUCCGUUCCAAGGACCCCCGUUUUCACAAACAUUUGUAGUUCCGAAGCCCGUUCCGAGGACCCUACUUUUUACAAUAAGCCCGCUCCAAGGCCCCCGUUUUUUGUCUCGCCCGCGGCACACCCCUACCACUUUUUUGGUCGAGUGCCCCCCCCCCCGGGGGGUAGAUAGGCUUAUUUCAUGAUCUAUACCUUGAGACAUACGAAAAUUCUUUGAUCAGGACAGCAUGAAAACUAUUGUUCAUGCUUGCAUCACAAGUAAAUUGGAUUCUUGUAAUAGUGUACUCUAUGCAUUACCCGAUUCUCAAAUAAGCAAACUGCAGAGAUUGCAAAACACAUGUGCACGUUUAAUAUGUCGUCUUCCCAAAUUCUCUCCAGUCAACCAUGGACCUGGCCACUGAGAAUUAUCUAUUGUUACUGGGGGUGCUGUGACAAUGCUCAGCACCCCCAGUAACAAUAGAAUAAUCAUCCGUGGCCAGGUCCAUGCAGUCACCCCAUUAUUGUGAGAAUUACACUGGUUACCUGUCCGGCAAAGAGUCACGUUUAAGAUCCUUAAUGGUCAGGCCCCAAGUUAUAUCUCCGAUCUCUUGAAAUUGAAAUCCCAAUCUCAUGACCAUCACCUUCGUAGCUCACAAGAUACAUUUACAAGUUUGCAAGUACCCCGCGCAAGAUUAAAAGAACACUAGGAGAUAGGUCAUUUCUGAUGUCAGCCCCACGACUAUGGAACAAACUUCCCCUCGACAAUAGGAAUUCAACAAAUUUACACAAUUUUAAGUUAAAAUUAAAAACCUAUCUAUUCCAAUAGUAUGUACAGCACCUAGGAAGCUCUUGCAGCGCAAUAUAAUGUAUAGAAAUAUUUUUUGCGCUAUAUAAAUGCAUAUUAUUAUUAUUAUAUGCUCGCUGCAUCAUGCGUUUUAUUGUGAAAAACAUUAAUACUUUGUUUAAAAAAAAGAACUUAUUGUACAUGAAUGUAUGUUUAUAAACUCUAUUUCUUAUAUCUUAUACAUCUUGCCUGCAACCGAAAUGGACAUAUGCCCUAUGCAGGUAUAAUUAAAUAAUUGAUUAACCUGGCUUUAAGUGUAUUGAAAUUAUUAUUGACACCGUUGUAAAACACUUUUUUUUUUAAUUGAGGAUGAGCGAACCUUGAUGAUAAACGUUGGAUUCUUGAACACAUGGUAUACACAAAACACAACUUACAUCUAUGCAAUAUCAUUUUUUAGCAAAUUUAUAAAUAAAUUAAUUAUUGUACAUCUUAGCAUCUA